CCAUCUUCGUGUACGCCCUUCCGUUCCACAGUCGCUUGAACACUUCCUAGGUUUCGAUUCGAUUACGACCGGUUUCCAAUGCUAUAAUACUCGGAUUAGAAGCACGUCUUUUCCUACAAACGGAGGAGCUAGGGCGAUGAGGAUCCGAUCAACGAGAGCUUCGAUGCUUCUCAAACGAACCCCAACAUCGACCUCACAGCUAUUUUCUACAUGUUCUAGAUGUCAAUUGGCCGCUAGAAGACCACAGCUACCUAUUGCGACUACAUUAUGUCGCCAUCCAGCUCGAAGGAGGCAGUCAGCUUGGGCGCAAGCUGUUUCCGUCGCCUCGAAUGUUUUCUCCAAUGCGACAUCUCGCGCCGCAAGCGAUGGAAACAUCAGCGUGGACCCUCUGCGGAUGGUAGCUAAAGAGCUGAAGUUCUUGACGGGAAAUAUUCGACAGCUUCUAGGGUCCGGGCAUCCGUCUCUGGAUACAGUCGCAAAGUACUAUACUCAAGCUGAAGGAAAACAUGUGCGGCCACUCAUUGUGCUUUUGAUGUCCAGAGCUACAUCUCUGUCACCAAAAGCAGCUCGAUACGGUGGCCAGCAGAGUGCUACAGACAUUGACAAUGCUAUCUCCCCUCUGUCAAUACUUUCAGAUGUCAAUCCCUCGACGCCGUCAACAAAUCCGAUUGCUCAUACUCAAACUUCCUAUCCCGUAGGCGACAGCGAGAUUCUUCCAUCGCAAAGACGACUCGCCGAGAUCACCGAGCUGAUACAUACUGCCUCGCUGCUUCACGACGAUGUUAUUGACCAUUCAGUAUCUCGACGUGGAGCACCAUCCGCAAAUCUCGAGUUCGGGAACAAAAUGGCUGUUUUGGCAGGAGACUUUUUGUUGAGUCGAGCUUCGGUAGCUCUAGCUAGGUUACGAGACGCCGAAGUGACUGAGUUGCUUGCCACUGUCAUUGCAAAUCUCGUGGAGGGAGAGUUCAUGCAAUUGAAAAACACAGCUCGGGAUGAAAAGAACCCAGUUUGGACAGAAGAUGCAAUUACAUAUUACCUUCAGAAGACGUACCUGAAAUCUGCGAGUUUGAUCUCGAAGUCAUGUCGAGCUGCAGCCUUACUGGGUAGUGCCGAUGUUCCAACUGUUGAUGCAGCAUAUCUAUAUGGGAAGAAUUUGGGGCUUGCGUUCCAAUUGGUGGACGACAUGCUAGACUACACUAUCAGCGAAAAGGAAUUGGGCAAACCAGCUGGAGCGGAUCUGGAGCUAGGUCUGGCUACGGCACCUCUGCUGUUUGCCUGGAAGCACAACCAGGAACUAGGGUCUCUGGUGGGCAGAAAGUUCUCUCAAGAGGGCGAUGUGGCUAGAGCUCGAGAACUGGUGCUGCAGAGCGAUGGGCUAGAGCAGACGCGUGCUCUAGCUGAAGAGUACGCAAACCGAGCUAUAAACUCGAUCAGUUCAUUCCCAGACUGCGAGGCGAAGGAAGGUUUGAUAGAUAUGGCUAUCAAGACACUAAAGCGACGGAAGUGAUAUAAUGUGCUACGUGACUGCUGUAUAUUACAACCUCCUCUUACAUGGCAACGUUCCUGCCAGCUGUAUAAUGACAUGCAUUGGGGUACGGCAUAGAUAAAUGUAUUAUAUGGCAAGCUCUCCAUCGUAUAUCAGAGGAUGGAGAGUAAAAUAGACGACCGAAGUAUACCUUAUUACCACC